UGCCGUAGCCUUGAAAUGGAAAUAAUUCUGUUUUGCAAUAGUUUCUAAACGUAAUUGAAAUCUGAACUGAGAUUCGCUGCUUUUCAAUGUUUUUUCGAAUGCUUUUUAUAUUCUUCAUUUAUCAAAACACGAAUUACAUUUAACUUGUUCGAUGUGCAGAGAUACGACACGAUGAGCAAAUGUUGAGUUGCGCGGCUCCGGUCACACCUUUUUCUCUGCUAAUCUUGUCUGGCAGCUCUUGUUUAUGUUUGUUUAUCGUUCCGCUUUCGGGGUAUACAUUUGGCUUGCUUGCUACAAUCAUGGAUAGCAUCAUCGUCGGCAGUCCGCUGUUUUCCGAACCAAAGCUAAUCGAGCUGGUGAAACGGAAACCUUUACUAUGGAACCACAAAGAUCCCUACUACAACAACAGGAAGCUGGAAAAGGACUGUUGGGCGGAAAUAAGCGAUCUGCUGGAAACGGACAUUGAAAUGUGUAAGAAAAAGUGGCAAGGUCUGCGCAACCAGUACCGGCGGGAGCUUUUGCGAACGAAAAAUUCCAAGUGGAAACAUUACCAGCGCUUGAGCUUCCUUGCGGAAGUUUUAACCUCCAAAGCGAAGUCACGCAGCGGCCAUUCCGAAGGGGAAGACGAUGAUCCAAUCCGCAUUGAGCGGUCCGACACGCCGAUGGAACAGAAUAGCUCGUUCAUGGAGGAACUGUACGACUCACCCUAUUCGAAUGGAGUAGUGGCCAAAGAAGAACCGAAGGAGACAGCACACACGAUCCCACCGGCGGUUGGCAAUGUUGCCCAUAACAGUAAUUAUUACUUUGCGCUUAGUUUAGUGGAGUUGUUGAAUGCCAUUCCGAAGCGAAACCAACUGGCCGCCCGAAUAGCUAUCCUGUCCAAGAUCAAUGAGUUUCCUACAGAGCAUGAAGAGGUUGGGCAAGGAGAUAUUAAUAACUUUUCGUGAAUGUGCAGAAAGGUUCACAUCCUGCAUGAGGAUGAGACGUGUACCCAUGGGGGUAUUUUAAAUCAAGUUAUAGUUUUAGGAAUUUAUUGCGUAGGAAUGUCGUGCAUAUAUCACUCGUUUUUACCCUGGUCCUUGCACUGUGCGUUUGGUGUCUGCGUGCCGACAUUGGAAACGAAAUUAUUUUACCUUAUUGAACAUUAAAUUACAAGCUAAUAAACAUUUUAUUGAACUAGUAACUGUACAUAGAGAAGAAA